AUGAAUAGAUUGUUUAUAAUAAUUCUCAUCGUCUAUACAUUGGCAUUAAUUAUCGAUGCUCGUAAAUUUGAAUCUCAUCAUUCCAAAGCUCAUCAUUUCAAAGCUUAUCCUGAUAAUAAAUUUAAAACAUGCACACUUACUGAAACUAGCACUAAUACAAUAACUUCUAUUAUUUCUUGUGAAAGCAGCACACCUUUACCUAGUGCUAUUUGUCCCCAAAAUAGUGAUUAUAAUGAUGAUUGUAAUGGUUGUGAAAAAACAACAACCGUUACUUGCACGCCUACUACAACUGUAUGCUUACCGACUUGUACUCCUGAUGGUGAUCCUUGUGAUCUUGGAAAUCCAGGUGCAUGCUGUAGUCUAACAUGUUGCAAUUUUGAUCCUCCCGCUCAACCUACAUGCUGCUUAUAG